AUGAUGAGGGAAAUGGCUGUUGUCACGAUUGUAUCAAUAGGGCUCUUGUUCUUUUCAAUGUCUGCAGAUCCAUAUGAACGGCCGUUCGUUAUAGGCGACAGAUCAAUAUCCAAGCCUUAUGUGCGCCACGAAACAAUAACCUUUACAGAGAUCACAGUUGUAUCGGUUGUUAUUCCUCUCAUAUUCAUGUUUGGGACACUUCGUAUAAAUGCCAUAGAAAACACUUGUGAGGCAUACUUCUAUCUGUCAUUUAUAAUAGCCUGCCUUGCCACGUCUGCUAUUGUUGAGAACAUGAAGAACAUGGUUGGGCGGCUCCGGCCUGAUUUCCUAAGCAGGUGCAGUCCUGUUGGUGGAAAGUGUACGGGGAGUCCGAAGCUUAUUCUCGAGGGGAGGAGGAGCUUUCCGUCCGGUCACACCUCUAUUGCGGCAUGCAGCUUUAUCUUUCUGGUUCUCUUUGCCUCCAAGGAGUCCAAGCUUCCUAGGAUUAGAGCAAAGCUGAAUCAAGUAUUUGUAUUUUUGCUUUACUUUACACUUCUGGUGGUACCUGUUGCUGUAGGAGCGAGUCGAGUAAUGGACAACAAGCAUUUCGUCUCCGAUGUGAUAGGAGGAGGGAUCAUUGGUGCACUUGUUGGGAUUGCUAGGUUCAAGCGCCUUGAGGCGACUGCUGUACAAGAAAGGUACAAGAGCAUUGAGCCGUGA